AGCCGGGUUUUGAAGAUGACAUCUGUUCUUGAUUUAAAUUAUCGUAUUGAUGAAAAUGAUAUAUUUGAAACAGCAAAAGAUAUAAUAAUGAAAGUAAAACCCAGUUGGAAUCGCAGUAAUUUAAAUUUCAAGGUCUUUGACGAGGGUAUAACAAAUAAACUGAUAGGAGUUUUUCAAGAAUCCAGUAUUGGACAGGCUAAAGAUGUUGUUCUCAUUAGAGUGUAUGGUGAAAAGACUGACUUAAUCAUUGACAGAAAUGCAGAAAAGAAAAAUAUGGCUGAACUUUUUGAGGCAGGUCUGUGUCCACCAUUGUAUGCCACCUUUGAGAAUGGUUUGGCGUAUGGAUUUGCUCAAGGAGUGACAUUAGAUGAGAAGACAGUGAGGGAUGAAACUAUCAGAAAACUUAUUGCAAAAGAGAUGGCAAGACUUCACACUGUGCAGCCGAAACACAUAUCCAGCAAAAGUAGUGCCAUGUUUGACAAACUUAGAGCAUGGUUUAAAAUAAUUCCAGAAAGCUUUUCUAAACCAGAAAUGAAUGAUAAGUUUAAGAAAAAGAUUCCAUCAAAGGAAAAACUAGAAGCAGAAUUAUUAGAACUAGAACAGUGCAUAGAGGGCCUGGGCUACCCAAGUGUGUUCUCUCAUAACGAUCUCUUGCUCAAAAAUAUCAUCUACAACAAAGAAGAAGGAAAAGUGACUUUUAUUGACCAAGAAUAUGGAAUGUACAACUAUCAGCCUUUUGAUAUUGGCAAUCACUUCUGUGAAUAUGCAGGAAUUGGCGAUGUAACGGAUUACUCCCUGUAUCCAGAGGAGGAGUAUCAGUUGUCAUGGAUACGGGAGUACCUGGAGGAGUGGUCCAAACUGACCAGUGGCCCCGCAGUGACCGAUACAGACGUCAGGAAAAUGUACUGUGGUGUAAACAAAUGUGCACUGGCAGCUCACUUCUUUUGGGCAGUGUGGGGAAUCAUCCAGGCCAAAUUUUCCAGCAUCGAUUUUGAUUAUUUAGAGUAUGCUGUUAUUAGAUUUAAUGAAUAUUUUGCAAGAAAGGAGAAGUUUCUUGCCCUUCAGUGAAAAAUAUUCUAUUUUGAUCAUACC